CAACCCCGGCUCCGGUUGAAGAAACUCCCGACUGUGUUUCGGGGCGCCGCUGUCGCCAUGAAUCUUUUGGCGAAUGCUGGCAGAUGCAUAGCUCCACGCGGAGCCUUUCUGCAGGUGAACGCUGUGCAGAGGCGCUGGCGGACCCAUCCCAAGGGCGGACGACAUGGGCCGCAGUUCAACCACAUGCCCACGGAGGUGAAACUCGAGUGGCCGCCCAAGGAUCGCAGUCAGCUCUUUCUACUCCCCGACUCCAAGCGCUUGAUGUGCGUCACCCACGGGUGGUAUUACCCCGACGGCCUGACGGGCAAAGCGAACAAGAAGAUGUCCGCCAUUCUGUGCAUUGCCUCCAAGCACAUCCACAACAUCAGGGACAGCUUGACUGCAGCAGAGGUGCGACAGCUUUGGGCCUUGGAGCCGCAGAUUCGGGCGCAGUUCAAGGCCUGCGAGGCUCAGCUGGAGCAGGACAUUGCGCACGAUGUGAGUUUGGAGCAUGUGUGCAAGUGAUGG